UAAAGAAAUCCCCAAGAUAACAGAUCGAAUGGCAGCCAAAUGUGAAACAAGCUCAUCCAAAAAGGCUAAUAGAGACGUUCUCCUAGAGAUUGAGGCAAAGGUUCGAAAAUGUUGGGAGGAUAAGAAAGUUCUCAGUUCUAAAAAGCCUGGCCACAAGUUCUUUGAAAAGUUCCCUUAUAAUUGUUUUAUGGGACAUCCAUUUAGUCUCUCAAAGCUAGACAGCUGGCUGCCAGAUUUUCCUAUUGAUGCCAUGAGAUUCGCUUUGGCUUAUGUUUGUGAUGGUCCUGUUGAUGCUGCGAAGAUUAACUUUCUACAUAGCAAUGCAGAUUCUGUAUUUGAUGCUGCAUACGAUGCCAUCAUAAGUCUCACUAAAGAGAUGUCAUGGCACGAAGAAUUUUUGGCUGCAGAUUUCGAGUAUUGUUUGAGAACAGGUCCCCCCUCUACUUCUGCAGAUAAAGUAUUUGCCAAUGACAUAAACAUUGCCUUGAACAAGACCAAACAGCAUUACGAGGCUUGCCAGUUUCGAGAAGCCCUCGAGUCUGGCUUUCUAGCGCUUCAAGAUGCCAGGGAUUGGUACAAGAGUCUAUGCGGUGGUACAAAUGCAAUGAACCGUGAUUUGGUGUGGCGUUUUAUGGAAAUGCAGACGCGUCUUGUUGCUCCAAUCUGUCCACAUUAUUCGGAAUAUGUGUGGAGAGAACUUUUGCACAAUGUAAACUUUGUGGUGAAAGCAGACUGGCCUGCAGCCGAUGCUCCAGAAAAUUCAACCCUCCACAGUAUCCAUAAGUACUUGAAAAGCAUGACUGAUUCACUGAAAAAACAGAUUGAAAGUGAGAGAACUAAGAAGGUAUGCCCCAACAUAGAAGUUUUAAUAUAUGUCAAGGAGGAAUCAUUUACAUUAAAGAUGAGGGAGGAUGGGGAAGUUGAGCUUGGGGCUCAAGCCUUAGAUUUUAAGCUGCCAUUUAGAGAGUUUAGGGUCCUUCUACAGAACUUGGACUUAAUUAAGAGGCAAAUCGGCGUUGAAAGGGUGCAAGUUCUGUCAGCUACCAACCCUCAUGAUCUUGCGAAAGCAGGCUCUCAUGUUGAACUGAUUAAGACUCUACGUCCAAUACCUGGAAAGCCAAUUAGUCUCAUCUUGAAACGAUCACGUAUUUUAACAAGUAUUACACAGUUAAAGCCAUCCUCAUUUGGUUGUUCGCCAAUGCGCUCCAACACCACCAUGUCCAAGCCAAAAUGCAGUGAUAAGAAAGCUAAACAGAAACAUGGUGUACGGGACUUACCAAACCAAGUAGCUAGUAAAUGCAGCAAUGAGGAUAUUCAAGUUCUUGAAUGGUUUGAUAAGCAAAGUAAACAGAGGCAUGGUAUAGGGGAAACGAUGAACCAAUUUUCUACGUCCACAAGAGACAACAAGUCUCGAGAUGAUUUACACUCUUAUCCUCCAUGUAAGUUAAGAUUCAAGGGUUCCUUCGACAAGGCAAUGGACGCUGCGUGUGAUCAAGACAAAUGGCUCCUGGUGAACUUGCAAUGCAGGGAGGAUCUCAGCUCACAUAAGCUUAAUCGGGACACCUGGGCUGACAAAGCCAUCUCUCAGAUCAUUAGCACCAAUUUCAUCUUUUGGCAGGAGUACUCUGAUUGGCCUGAAGGCACUAUGGUUUCCAGCAACUACAAGUUGGAUUCUAGAACUGUAGUGAUCAUCAUUGACCCCGUCACCGGCCAAGCAUUGCGUUCAUGGAAUGGGAUGGUUCAACCGGACGAUUUGCUGCUGGAUCUAUUACCGUUCCUGGAUAGUAGCCCCAGGAAUAUGCAUGUAGCCAAAGAGGAGGAGGAGCAACUGCGGCGCGCAUUGGAAGCUUCGGUGGAAAGCAUGAAGUUUGAGACUUUUGGAAGAACCUCCAAAGAGUAUCUAGUACCGUCCUUCAAUACUAGACCCAUGACUAACAAAGCAACUGAAAUAGAUGAAGAGGAGGAACUGCAGCGUGCAUUGGAAGCUUCGAUGGAAAGCAUAAAGUUUGAGACAAGUAAUGCCAGUACCUCAAAAGAGGCUCUAGUUCCGUCCUUCAAUACUAGCCCCAUUAGUACUAGAGUAAGUGAAGAAGAAGAGGAACGGCAGCACACAUUGGAAGCUUUUGUGGAAAGGAUGAAGUUGGAGACAAGUACUGCAAGUACCUCCAAAGGAGAUGCAGUGUCGUCCUUGAGUAGUAGCUCCAGGAAUACUUAUGUAACUAGACCAGAGGAAGAAGAAGAGGAACUGCGGCGCGCAUUGGCAGCUUCCAUGGAGUCGGAUGGUGGAAGUACCUCCGAAGAGGACCCACUAGGGAUCUUCAAUAUUAAACCCAUAAUUACUUAUGUAACUGAAGAUGACGAGGAGGAAUCUCGGUGUGCAAUGGCAGAUUUCAUGAAUUCGUUUGAGACAAGUAGUGCAAGUACCUCUAAAGUCCCGACGUUUAAUAAUGCUACUAGAGAAGAAGAGGAUGAGGAAUUGCAGCGCGCAUUGGUGACUUCCUUGGAAAGCCUGAAGUCGGAGACAAGUAGUGCAAGUACCUCCAAGGUUUCCAAGAAUACUUAUGUAACUAAAGAAGAAGAUGAUGAUGAACUGCUUCAUGCAUUGGAAGUGGAAAGCAUGAAGUGGGGGACUAGUGGAAGUACCUCUAAAGAAGAUCUAGUACCGUUCUCCAAUAGUAGCUCCAUGUAUACUGAUGUGACUAGAGACGAAGAUGAGGAACUGUGUCGCGCAUUAGCAGCGUCCAUGGAAAGUUUCAAGGUGGAGACAUGGACUAGAGGAAGAAGCUCGAAAGAGAGAGUCGACUAGCUAGGAGGAACUAGGAAGAAACCAAUUAAUUAAAGAGCCAUCAAUCAGCUGAUCAAUAAGAAACUCUUAGUCAUAGGAAACUGUUAUUGUAAGCUCAUCAGUCAAAGAAGAAUUAUAGUUGACUUGGAAUGUGAUCUUACAGCGGCUGCAGGAGCAGAAAGAUCGCCACUGGCUGAAACUCAU